AUCCACAGCUGAAAUAAACGCUUACGUGGAGGGCUCGGGAGCGGAUGAGGAAGGCUCGACGCUGGUCACAUCUUAUCUUCUCUCUUCUUUCCUCCCCUUGUUUGUGACACUAGGUCUACACCCACAUAGAAAUUUCACAUUAUAAACGCAUUUUCAGAAACCCAAUUGCAUUUUCAGGAACCCAUUUGCAUUCUCUGCAGACCCAACUGGAAAAGUUUAACAACAAUGGCCUCUGCAGCAGCCCUGUCACUGAGCUCACCCAUUGCUGCAUCUUCAUCUGCACUUGUAAACAAAUGUGGUGCCCUGAAAAGGCCAAAACACCUGCCAGGUCUGUCAGUCUACAGUCCUUGUAAAGCCCAACUAAAGAGGACAGCAGCAGUGGUGAUGAACAAUGGCGUUGCGAAGGAGGAGCAGAAGCAAUCUCAAGCUCUUGCAGUUGCGAAUAGCAUGGCAAUGGUCGCAGCCAUGGUGAUUCCUGAGAUUGCAGAGGCAGCAACUCCAGGUGUCUCCCCAUCUCUCAAAAACUUCCUGCUCAGCAUUGUUUCAGGAGGUGUGGUGCUCGCUUUCAUUGGGGUUGCUGUUAUUGGAGUAUCCAACUUUGAUCCUGUGAAAAGAACUUGAUGGAAUAGGGUUUCUUCUGUUCUCAAUUUUCAUUUUAGCUGCAAUACAUUUGAAUUUCUUAUGAAUUCAUAGAGCAUGUUAAAGUGGGGAUUUCAUAUUAUUUCUGUCUAUUUAUACUCUAAGAUUAUAUGCAAAAGAUGAACUGAUUCUUGGAA